GGGAAGGCUCGCUUGAUUAAACACCAAGAGCUUAACGCAAUUCGGACCACGGGAGACCUCCCCCACGUCCCAUCCAGCAUCCAGGGUCUGGCUUGUGAAAGCCACAGCUGCAGCCGAGCAACACACUCCGCCGUUUUCACACCUGAUUCUCUUGCUCUCUCUCUGUCUCUUAUUACGGGGGGCGAGCUUCAACACCUCAUGAUCCCUGCCGAGCACGCGACGGUGAAAUGGCGAAAUGAAAAUCGGGGACCACCAUGGGUGCCCGGGCUUGUGAGGGAGGCAAUAACUUAUUUUUUUGUUUAGAAAAUGCUUGCCGACUCUGGCUCCACCUUUCCGAAAUGCCACGAGAGAGAGCACGGGCUCUGUAUCAUGGCGCCACAAGGGUAGGUGGGUAGUUUGUUUCUUAUCUCUUCGCCGUCCCGCUGUUUUGAUUUUUUCCUCUGGCCGGUUCGGAGUAUGUACACCGCAGAUUGCCAGGCCAGCACACAAACCUGCUUUGGGGGGCUUUUCUCACAGCAGACGAAGGCGCCCGUCGUGCUGCUUGAGCUGCAGGAUGGGCCACGAACUGGGCUUGGGGAGACUUGGCAGCUCAAAUCAGAACAGCAACCCCGCUGUCAAUGUGCAGGACUGCCAAGAGUGGAGAGAGCCGGCUUGCGAGGAGUACACAAGUAGGAGAUCUGCUGGAGUGAUAGUCACCAGCCACCAGACGGCAAGGUAAUGGGUGUGUUGAGUGUGCAUAUCGCAAAAGUGACGCGCCUCUCAGGUUUGACGAUUUAGCGAACUGGCCUGGGUUCCCUGGAGAUGGGAUGGGAUGGCGGCCCCAGAGAUAGGCACUCACUGCACUGUCUGCUGCUGCCGGACCCCAUCCAUGCCCGCCAUCUCACCACCCACCCGUCAGGUCCGCCAACCUGCCGGCCCUCGCAUGUCGGCCUUGCGUGCAUAUUAUUAUUAGUCUAGACCUAUCCCCGGCUAGGUGCUCCACGACCAAAAGCGGGCUCUCUUCUUGCCCUCGCUUUUGUUUCCAACAAGUCCACCGGUUUCUCUGAAACUAGAACUACAACUACAACAGCAAACUAUCACUAGUACCGUGCCAGGCAACCUCAGCAUCGAAUCUUUGCUAGCACUCACUCCACUACGGCCACUUCCAAACUACUACCACCGAGGUCGAACCACCCACAUGCUACCGCGAACGCUUCCUCAAUAGCAGCAGCUUUGUGUAUGCACCAACCCGAGAGGCCCUGUUAUUGCCGGCAGCGGAGCACUCUACCACGACGAACCAAACGUCGUCAUAGCAGCAGUAACAGCACCACCCGUAAACACUGGACUCGAAUAUCCAGCGACGUUGACGACACAAUCUGCAGGCUUCACUCGAAGCAGUUCGGGACCCAUCAUCAUCAUCAUCAUCAUUAUCAUCAUCCGGCGUCGCCAGAGGCCGUGGAGCAUUCGAAUCACCUUGUAGUAGAUUGACACCCGCCCUCCCCCGCUCGUCCCCUCCUCGGAGGAUGACGGGCGUGGUGUUUCCGCCGCGCUGCCAUCAUGGUCCUCUACACGGAUCCCCCGCCGCUGCGCCCGUUCAGCAAUGACAAGCCGACCCUCCUGGUGUGCUGGUGGAUCACCAUGUUCUGCGCCGUCAUCAUCCUCUUGCGGGUGUGCGGCAGGCUCGUGCGGACGGAGAGGCUGUUCCGGGAAGAUAAGAUGGCAGCUCUGGCUCUGGUACCGCUGUUUCUGCGAAUGGGAUGCGUCCAUGUCAUACUGCUCUUCGGAACCAAUAACGUGCAGCUGGACAAUGUCAGGCUUUCGGACGAGGGGCUGCGCAGGAGGGAGAUCGCAAGCGGGUUGGUCUUGCUGAGUAGGGUGAUGUACGCUGCAACAUUGUGGGUACUGAAAAACGCCAUCUUGGAGUUUUUUCGGCGCCUCAAUGUGACAUGGGAACGGUCGUAUGAGCUUUCGUUGAGGUUCAUCCGUGCUGUUCUCGUUGCAACGUUCAUCGCCGUUGUGAUCAGUGAUCUGACGGAAUGUCAGCCCUUUUCACACUACUGGCAAGUCCUCCCGGAUCCUGGCGGGAGAUGCCGUCAGGGGUAUGCGCAGCUCUUGACAAUGGCCGUCUGCAACGUGUUUACAGACUUGCUGUUGAUCAUCUGCCCUGUGCCCAUCAUCGUUCGGAGCACGAUGAGCACCAAGAGAAAAGCCCAGCUUGUCAUGCUCUUCUCCCUCAGCCUUGCGCCCAUUGGAGUGACCAUCUACCGGGUGCCACACAUUAUUAACGAACAGGGGAGUCAACAAAGCCGAUCUCUCUACGCCUCGAUCGAGCUUCUCUUUGCGACGGCUGCAGCCAACGCCCUCGUACUCGGGUCUUUUGUUCGGGACAGGGGCGUCAAGAAGAGGAAGUACAAGUACGACUCGGUUGCAGUAGCGUCCACCAUUGACCGUUCAUCCGCCUCCGAGUCGCGACGGCCAACCGUUUUGAAGCAUUGGGGGAGCGACGAGGAUUUGGUGCGGGAUAUGGGAUACGCCGUCAAGCCCGAGCUCCGAGAAUCACAGCCCACCGGAAACGAGAACCCAGUGUUCACGCCCGCGCCUAUUGCGACCACCAAGCUGCACGAAGACAUGACCUCUUGGCAGUUCCCGGGUACCAACCGAGCCAGCGCAGCGCAAAGCGACGACCCAUUGAUUUCAAGCGACCCAGUCCCAUCCGUCAGGAGUAAUUCGACAGCAACCCGACGCGUGUCGUUUUUCGACUACGGCGGUCUUCUCGAUGACGUAGGGCCCACGAGUCGACGAGGCAGUUAUCUGUCUUCGAAGGACAUUCCAGUUGGGCUAACGACAACCCACCCCUCACCGGCGGUGCAAGCAAGCGGCAACGGUCUCCGAAGAGGCUCGGCAGCCCUGCUGCAAGAUCUCGGAGGAUUCCUGAGUCCCCUGACCUCGAUCCAACCAAAGCCGAAGCCGAAACCACCGAGUCUGGAGCCCAUUGAGCAGUCGACCCAGGAGGGAUCUAACGCUGCACCGGGAUAUUCCAUGCCUUCGCCGGAGAAGGCAGGACCGGAGUUGCUGGAUCCUGGGGGGUUGCUCAACGGCAACGGGGCCUGCACUGAGGACUUGAGCAGGGGCUUUGUUCGAGAACUAUGAUGUCUUUCGUACAAGCGUGCGAUUUGUACACUACCUACCUACUGUCACCAGGGACUGGCGGGGCCAUCUGGGGACGACGAGCUUUACACCUACUACUAAUUCGGCAAAGGGAAGGCGUUUUUUUGUGUUGUUGUUUUCUCCGCUUAUGGGCUGGGUGGGCUGUAUAAUAAGGGGAGAGAGAGGCGUUUGCAGGCGUCUAUUGUUUAUGAAAACGACAUUUCGUUCUAAUCCAUACGAAAUACCCGCAGUCACACACAAAACAACUAGCCGACCUACCACCACCACCACCACCACCGCCACCACCACGACACACCAUUCAUCUUUUCCUCUCACAACAAAAACGGCGGGAAAGAGGAUAUUCACGAGAUAAACAAGAAGAUGAUGAAGCAACG